AUGUCGCGCGAUCUACUGUACGAGUUCAGUCCGUACGACCUCCACAGCAUCGGGCUUCAGCCUAGCAGAGUCGCACCUCGCAACCAACCGAAUCCAAUGACACUCAUGGCGGCUUCCCAGGCCUCGCGCGCCCUCCGAGAGGAGGAGCGCAGCCGUUCAGUCUACCGAGAGUCAUCGCGCCCAUCGUAUGGCUACGAGCAUGGCACCACCUCGGGCUCGGGUUAUUCCAGCAGCUACGGGGUUCCAAGCGGCUACGGCCAACAUCCAAGCACAUCGAGCUAUCGGGUUCCAAGCGGCCACAGUCACCACCCAAGCACAUCGAGCUAUCGGGUUUCGACCGGCUACGGCCGCCACCCAAGCACGUCGAGCUAUCAGGCUCCAACCAGCUACGACCAUCACCCAAGUACAUCUCGUCGACCAAGCACUGCUGGCUACGACCGUCACGUCGGCUAUGGCCACCACCCCAGCUCGCGUCGAUCAAGCAGCUCGACAGCUCGCCAUCCGAGUAGCUAUGCUCCGGGCACCUCCUACGACUCACAUCGUCGAGGAGAGGUCUACCGAGAGCCAUCUUCCAGCUCUCGCCGCCCGAGCACUUCUGCGGGCGCUAGGGCCUACGGUGAGUACAGCAGGGGAGUUGACUAUAGCAGCAGCCCCUAUGCGACUUCCGAACGCCGACCCUGGCGCUGA